CUGUUACGUGGGGUUUCUCCUCCACUCUGCUUGGACAGCCGACCUAGACAGUCGGACAUCACAGCCGCUUCAGUACAAAACGACAGCAGGCAUCUACAGAGCGGGAGACACUGUGUGUGUGUGUGAUUAACGCACACGAGCUGUCAACAAGCAGGGGUUGUGUGUGUGAGUAGAGAUAGCGGGUGUGUGGGUGUGGAGGGGUGUAGAUAGCGUUGUUUCAAUAGCACUGCCAUAGGUACGCGGGUACAGGUGAGGUCUGCAGGUAAGGUGGCUCAGGUGAGUGUGAGGCGGUUUAUGUAACAUCAGGUGCGUCGGUACAGGUGAGGUGUGCCGGCUAUUGCCGGUAAGCUGUUUUAGGUGAGCUGGUUCAGGUGCGGUGGCUCAGGUGAGCAGGGUUAGCAGGAGCACAGGUGAGCACAGAUCGAAGCGUUUAAGCGAGACGUCGAGGGUGAUUUGGCCCGGAUUGAGAGCCGAUUGCUGGGCCCACUUUCCCAGGUGAGGAGGGGAGGGGCAGGAACCCACACUCGUAGCCGCCUCCAGGUGGGCUCGUGAGUGGGAGGAUCCGGUGAGUGGGUGCCUUUACACUGCUGGGGGAGCGGAGAUGAGAUAGGCGUUUGCCUGGUGGGGGUCGUCGGUUCUCUUCCGUUAUCGGUUUUGGCGCCAGGUAGGUAGGUAGGCAGGCAGGCAUGCAGGCAGGCAGGUAGGUAGGUAGGCAGGUAAGCAGGCAGCAGAUUUUAAGAAAAGCGCUGUUGUUGGCGUACUCGAGUGAAUAGGCAGGUAGGCGAGUGGCAUUCUUGUUGUUUUUGUUCGUGGGUAGGUGAGUUGGUUAGUCAGGGAACUAUUGGUAUUUGCUGGUGGUAGGCAGGCAGGCAAAUAGGUAACCAGGUUCGUGACAUUCUUGGUGUUUUGGUAGGUGGCUGGGCGAGUAAGUCCGUCGCUAGCCAGGUGGGCGUGUCGGUCAGAAAGAAAGAAAGUUAGGAAGGAAGUGUCGCCAUCAAGGUGGGUGAGCAGCGAGGUGGACCGGCAACUAACCAGGUAGAAAACCAGGUGGGUGAGUCGCCGGGUUAGAGCGGGUGAGUAAACGAGUGGGUGGACAGGCAGCUGGGUGAGUAAGCGACUGAACGGGUGGGUCGGGGGGGGGGUCGUUUGAAUCUUCACCCGUCCGAAGAUCACUCAGCCAUGGCAGAGGCUGCACUGCAGCAACUGCUGAAAGUCGAUGGGAACGAGGCGUGCGCCGAUUGUGGGCUCUCAGGUCCCGAAUGGGCAUCGUACUCCCUGGGCGUCUUCCUGUGCCGGGAAUGCUCGAGCAUCCACGCGAACCUGCGGGACACCAGCAAGAUCAAGUCCACUCGGGCGGACAAGUGGAACGACGAGCAGGUGCAGUUCAUGGCAAGCCUCGGAAACAAAGCGGUAAAAGCGAAAUAUGAGAAGCACGUCCCCCCGUUCUACUAUCGGCCGAAACCCAACGACUGCCAAGUCGUGCGGGAGCAGUGGAUCAGAGCAAAGUACGAGCGGCAGGAGUUCAUCUUCACCGACCGGCAGGAGCCGUAUUCGGCAGGCUACAGGGAAGGCGUGCUGUGGAAGAGGGGCCGUGACAACGGCCAGUUCCUGCAGAGGAAGUUCAUUCUGUCGGAGAAGGAGGGCAGCUUGAAGUACUUCACCAAGUUUGAUGGCAAGGAGCCCAAAGCCACGGUGAAGAUCGCGGACAUCAACCCCACUUUCCAACCGACGAAGAUUGGAAACCCCAACGGCCUGCAGAUCACCUACCUGAAGGACUUCAGCACCCGCAACAUCUUCAUCUACCACGAGGAAGGAAAGGAAAUCGUCGACUGGUACAACGCUAUCCGAGCUGCGCGCUUCCACUACCACAAGGUGGCGUUCCCCGGAAGCCAAGACGCGGAUUUGAUCCAAAAACUCUCCAGAAAUUACAUCAAAGAAGGAUACAUGGAGAAGACAGGGCCAAGGCAAAGGGAGGGGUUCAAGAGGAGGUGGUGUACUCUGGAUGCAGCCGACCGUCGCCUCAUGUACUUUAAGGACCCACUGGAUGCGUUUGCCAAGGGCGAGGUGUUCCUCGGGCAUUCGGACCACGGCUACUCGGUGCAGGAGGGCCUGCCCGGCGGCACGCAGGGCUACCGGUGGCAGUUCGGCAUCACCAUCACCACGCCCGACCGUGGCUUCCUGUUCGCGUGUGAGAAGGAGGCGGAUCAGCAGGAAUGGAUCAGCGCCUUCAAGAGCAUCAUCGGUCGCAGCAUGUGCCCGCAGGACUACGUCAUGGAAGCGUACUUCAAGCACAAGCCAUGAAUCCUCCGCCCGCUGCUGGGACCGCAACUUCUUCGCCCCCCUCCCCCCAACUCGUGCCACUGGACAAACGCAGCGCGCCCGAAUCAAAUAACGCCCAAGUGGAACGUAUUCAGGAGAUAAAGCAUUCUAGGAAAAGAUCCCACAGUGCCCUGCAAGCCCGCCCAACAGUGGGCAGGUAUUAUGUACAGCGACCUGGUAUAGUUGGCGUUAAACGAGUACCUACCUGGUGGCGGUGUGUGUAAAAGCUUAGCGCUGGGGAGAAAAAGGCAGUCGGGGCGUGGUGCAGGCCACACCACCGACUUGGUAUGCGUUGCCGCCGCCCUUAAAAUGUACUCGCUAACAGCACUUACCCCAACAGUAUAAAAAGGCGAUAGGGGGAUCAUUGUCUAUAUACAUGGCAUAUCUAGUGACGUCACCAGUUAUAAUUUCGUGUUCAUUUUUCACCUUAUUUGAAAAUUAUAACCGUUGCUAUGACGCCUGAAGCUGUGGUAUAAGAACAGCCUUCUCUGUAAUAUUUGUGGCCUCUGUAUGACCCUUGCAUCAGGCAGCUGUAUGCACACAGACCCUUCCUGGGGUAUGAAAGCAAGGUUGCAUUGAGCCAUCGGUAAGGGUUUCCACCUUUUACACACACAAAAACCUCACUCAGAUGUAUUAAUACUUCAUUCAAAGUGCCAUAUCCUGACAAAUAGGAUUUUUGGAUAACGAUGCUUAAUCACGCGAGAUAUUUUGGAGUCGCUAAGAGUCAAAGUAGUGACUUGGAGAACCGUCUGAUAUAUGUAGUGUCCAGAAUAAUUUAGGGACGGAUGGCAACCCUCGUCACCGGGCCAACCUGAAACAUUUACAAUAAACCAGCCUGUGAGUCCGGCCAUUAACGGACCCUAGGCCCAACUGUCAGCUCCAAUCGGCUGACAAAUUUAAAAGAAGAACUCCAUCGUGUCCCUCCACAUAUAAUUACAACAAAUGUCUAAAACCAUCACCCUAUUGGCUUUCCAGACUGAUAUUAUCAAGUAACAUUUGUUAAAGCAAGCAAACGCUAUGGACGGGUUUCAGCCUGCUCGGCCUCGCUCAUCAGCAGUCAGGCUGGGGUCUGGAAACCCAAUGAAUUGAUGGCCAAAAACGUAAUUUUAUUUAUAUGAUGAGCGGCAAAUAGGAGUUGUGGUGGUCCAACUUUCGUAGCCAUCAAGCAAAUGCCCUGUGUACCUGGGGGCUCAACCCAACCCUGGUUUUAAAUAUAUUGUGUUGGAUUUUUAGUUGUGCCCUCCCCACACCCGCCGCUACAAACCUGCGCAGUCUGAAUAUGUUCCAUGCUCAGUUGGCCGGGGAAUCUGGUUGACGGGAUCGGAUUCCAGCUUCGAAACAGGCAUCCGCUGCAUGCGUCGCAAACAAAAUUGUGUGUUCCUCUCUGUCCUUCCCUCACCCCCCGCCGCUAACGGACAACGUACAGUGCUGCCGAGACCCAGACCUAUGCAUCUCGCUGUGAUCAAUAAUGCUGUGCCAAAAUGCGAUAACAGGGGUGUCAAACACACAAGUUGUGAGCAAUGCUUAAUUGGUUUCUGUGAGAAGCCUUUGCAAAGAGUGUUUUCCAGGCUACGCAUAUUUCAAUGGUGGUUUUCCCAUGGAUAGACUUGAUCCCAUCAUAGGAAUGUGGAGUUUUCAUCACUGCCUGAGGAGCCACUAACUUAAACAAAUGAGUGCCAUCCACGUAGAUUAUUUAAAUUUUUUACGAAAAUGUAAAUCAUGUCUCUUAAUUGCAAUCCAUAAUAGGCACAUACCCGCACAAUCAGUGCAUAAACCAAACCGAGCUAAAUUAAUACAGAGGUCGCUCAAAAAUUACAAUAUAUUCGCAAAGGUGGCGGCAAAUGCCUUGAAUGCCGUGCCUUGAAGGUGGGAAGGUGGAUCGUGUGAACGGCAUGCUUGAUGCUUAAAUGGCGGCCUAGCAAGUAGGCUACCAACCUCUCCACAUACAGCAAUUCCUCGCUUAACGCUGUUGAUGUGUUCCUGAAAAGUACGGCGUUAAACGGAGAGCGCGUUUAACGGAAACAUUUCGUCAUAAAUGAUGUAAAAACUAAACUUUCGCGCAAUGCGAUGUACUUGGGGUACGCCACCGCGUCACUGUCAUUCCACAUACUGUAUCGUACCGCUCAAAAAGCGUGUUAUAACAGGCGCGUUCCGCAUUAUAACAGACGCGUUCUGCGCGAUAACGGGGAGCGUUCCAUGAAAAGUGUUCCUUUGUGGAAUCACCGCGUUAUAGCAAGGUGUUGUGUGAACAUGCGUUGAAUGACUUACCGUAUACAUUUUGCAAUGCCUUCUUCUACUACUACUUUUCAAGUGUCCUGCUUUGUGUGGGGGACGAACCCGGAAUUCCCGGAAAUAACCCACUUGGCAUACGGCAGCCCAACACUCAAAAGGUGCCGCACAAUCGGGUAUAUGAACACACUUUACUACCAUCUCCGGGCCAAGUGGCAGCUGCCCAGUGGGUUUGGAUGUUUCACAAACCUCUGGAAGAUCCACCAACAGCGCUGGAUCCGCAGGCCUUGAGCACGUGCCCACUUUCUUGAGACUCGACGGUUUGCUGCACGAGUGUAUUCGUCGUCGCCUCGAUUCUGAUUUUUUAUUUCUUCAAAGUUCCUCAGCGCUCAGGAACACGUCUGGUGACGUCACAAAGGAGUUGGGCACCCCUGGGUUUUCACACCGUGGUAUUUGAUUUAUUACUUGAAGUGCUGUUUUCUAUGGUUUAAUCGCCCGUUUUCAUAUUUUUUAUGUUUUUUUAGCAUAUCUUAAUUAAGGCGUUUUGCAUACGAUGAAACUAAACUGAGCGAUACCAUAACCUACUUCUUUAUUUCAGCUUUACUCGCAGUUUGAUUUCGUUCUCCGUAGAUAUUAGCGUAAUAGUUUUUCAGAGGUUGAAUUAUAGAAAAUCCAUAUUAAUCGUUUAAAUGAGGUGUACUUUUUGUUUGUUUGAAACGUGUAACAUUACUCCAUGCCACACGCGUUAAUCUUGUUGCUACUAAAGGUGUCAGUUAUGGUUUGGCUCGGCUUAAUAUGAAAGUAAACCAAGUUUUAGAUAGAGAAUGGGGUUGCUGGAUAUUCUUAAGAUUUAAUAUUUUGAUUGCUUAAGCUGUAUUGUUUUUACUUGUAAGGAUUCCUAUUGUGAUUAACAAACAUUAAUAAAUAACAAAUGGAAAA